UCUCAUCGUCAGCCUUAGUGAGAUUACAUUAUCGAGCAAACCAUUCUUCAAUCGAGGGAGUGGAAAAAGGGAGAAUAGUUGGCCGUUUCCCAGAGAGGUUCCUUUAUUAGUAAAUUAAUAGGUACUUAAAAUUAUAUUAUGACAUUUAGGCGGUGCCGUUAACGCGGGUUAUAUGUAUAGGAAAUUAGAGUACACGAAGUCACAAACUUUUCUGUCUAAGUGUUUCCGAGAGGGUGUUUCGAGAUGCUGCCCCUUCGAUCGAGAUCUGUCACCCUCUCUUGCGCAAAUGUCACCGAUCUAUUUUAGAUUUUCGGCUGAGUAAAGCAAAGUACGUCAACGGUUCAGCAUUCAGGACAGACCAGGGUGCAAGUCUAAAUCGAAAACCAACAGCAGGGGACUGGGGGAUAAGUCCCAGCUAGUGACUUUCACUAACUUGUGUCCGAUCUUUCGAAAUUUGUUUUUGGACAAGUAUUUGGAAUUACAAUCAUAUGUACCGGGCUGCUUGGCUUCCGUUUUGGCUUUUUAUAUUCGUGAUUUCCAGAGUUUUUAAACAAGGUCAACGAUGGAUUUUGGCGGAGCCCCCCGGUUUUUAAGCCGGCCCAGGACCUUCGCGGUGACCGCCGGCAAGGACGCGACGCUGGCCUGCCGGAUCAUCGGCAACCCGGCGCCGCUGAUCAUCUGGGAGAAGGGCAACAAACCCAUCAGGCCUGAGGGCAGGUUCAGGACGGCGGAGGACGGCGACCUGUACAAGUUGACCAUCUGCGAGCUGUGCAGCGACGACAGUGGCCAAUACAUCUGCCGUGCCAACAACCCAGUAGGGGAAGCGUACGCGGCGGUCACCCUUCAGGUGGGAGCCCGGCCGCAAGCCGCCAGCUCCCGCAGUGCGCCUCACUUCGUGCUGAAGCCCAGCUCGCUGCGCAUCUGCCUGGGAGACGACGCCAGCUUCUGCUGCCAAGUGCAAGGCAGCCCGUUGCCCACCGUCCACUGGGAGAAAGAGGGCAAGGCCUUGGGCGACGACACCAACAACCGGUACGUGGUGGAGGCGGCGGGCGGCUCCCUUAGGAUCUGCUGCGUCAGGUUUUCCGACGGAGGCACCUUCACCUGCACGGGUCGCAACGAUUUGGGUGAGUGUCAGGCGGUGGCCGCCCUGGUCAUCCUCUCACCUGCUGAAGGUCCGCAGAGGCGGGAACAGCUUUGUGCGUCGGAUUCCUCCUCCUCCUCCGCCACCACUGUCGCCGCUGCCUCGUCCAUCUUGUCUUCACCCAUCGACGGUCGGCCCCCGCCGCGAGACUAUGAAAAGGCGGGAGGCCCGAGCCACGCGCGCACGGGCUGGGCUCCGGCUUCGACUCCGACUCCGACUCCGCACGCGGCCGCGACCGUUGCCCGGGCCCGCACCUGCACCGUCACCGAGGGCAAGCACGCCAAGCUCAGCUGCCAAGUGACGGGCAAACCCCGGCCCGAAAUCAUCUGGAAAAAAGACGGGGAGAUCAUCAGCCCGGGCCGCAGGCAUGUCAUCUUCGACGACGACGAGGCCAACUUCGUGCUGAGGAUCCUCUUCUGCAAGCAGAGCGACAACGGGUGCUACACCUGCACCGCCUCCAACUUGGCCGGGCAGAACUACAGUUCGGUGCUGGUCAUCGUCAAAGAACCAAAGGUAUCCUUUAAAACUAAACUGAAAGAUGUUGAAGUUGCAGAGAAGGAAACAGCAACCCUCCAGUGUGAAGUUCCAAUUCCUGCCAUACAGGCCAGUUGGUUCUUGGAGGAAACCGAGAUAACUGAAAGCACUAAAUAUAACAUAGAAGAGGAAGGCACACUUAGAAGACUUACAAUCAAAAAUGUAACCACUGAUGAUGAUGGUGUCUAUAUCUGUGAAAUGAAAGAAGGCAGCAGAACAGUUGGCGAGUUGUCAGUAAAAGGUAAUAUUGUUAAAAAACUUCCAAGGAAAACUACAGUGCCAGAAAGUGACACGGCCAUUUUUUACGUGGAAUUGGACAGUGGCUGUAAAAACAUCAGGUGGACAAAGAAUGGAGAAGUCAUAAAACCAAAUGAUAGAACAACCAUCACUGUAUCCGGCACUCGGCAUUCACUAAGUAUUCGUGAGUGUAAAUGGGAGGACGCUGGCAAAAUAGCACUUUUGGCCGAUGACUCUAGAACUUCAACACAAUUCAUAAUAACAUCUCCCCGGAAAGUUCCACCACAUCCCCCAGUCAACCCUGUUGUUAAAGAAAAAACGGAAACAUCUGUUACUUUGGUUUGGUCACUGCCUCAAGAUGUACCACCUGCCCCUGUGACUGGGUACAUCGUAGAAAGAAAGAAAAUAGAAAGCAGUACCUGGACAAGGUGUCAUACUUCAGAAAAGAUAGAGGCACAAGAGUUCACAGUAACGGGCUUGCCAGAAGGAGCAAUUUAUCAGUUCAGAAUUAGUUCUGUAAACAACUUUACUCAGAGUGAAUACUUAACAAUCCCAGGAACCUUUUCCAUUGAACCUAGAAUUUCCAUUGAGAAACCACUGCAAAAUAUUGAAGCACCAGUUGGUGAUGAUGCUACUUUCAACAUUGAACUAUCUUCUGUUGCUCCGGGAACAUGGUUCAUAAAAGGAAAAGCUGUACAAAACUGUGAUAAUUACAAAAUAGAGAGAACAAAAAAUGUGCACACAUUAAUUAUUAAACAAGUGAGGUCUUUGGACAAUGAAGCAGAAGUGAAGUUUAUAGCUCGCAACGCUGAAAGCACUGCUAAAUUAAGAGUGAAAGAUGCAGCUGUCAAAUUCACAAACAAACCAGAAACUCCACAUGAAGUUAUAGCAAUAGCCUCAGAAUGUCUGGAAUUGUCUUGUGAGGUAUUACAAGUUAAUGCUGUGGUUACAUGGAGAAAGGAUCAAAAAGAGGUUAAGCAGGACCAGAGGAUAAACAUCAUCUCUCAGGGAACACUACGCAAACUUGUCAUCAAAAAAGUGCAGCAGAGCGACCAAGGGGAUUACACCUGCAUGUCUCAUGAUGACAGUCUAACAUUCCAAGUUAAGAUCAGAGAACCAGCUGCAACUAUCUUGAAGAAGUCCACAACACAAAUGGAGUACUCAGCAAUUGUGGGAGAGAAGGUAGUCCUUGUUUGUGAAGUAUCACUGAGUACUGUAGAAGGGACAUGGUAUAGAAAAGGACAGAAAGUAAAACUGAACAAAGCUGUAAAUGCUGAAUCAGAAGGCACCACACGAAGACUGGUGCUUCAUAAUGCAAAGUCUGCAGAUUCCGGGGCUUAUGUAUUUAAAACCAAAGAGGAUGAGAUCACCAUAAAUGUUACUGUCAAAGAGCCAGAACCAGCAUUUAUCAAUAAAGAAUCAAUUCAGAAGGAAGUGAAGGUUCAAGCAGCAGAGAAUGCUGUUCUCAGCUGUGAAGUUUCACAACUCAAAACUGAGGUCAAAUGGUACAAAAAUGGAAAAAAUCUUAGUUCUAAUGAGAAAAUCAAACUUAUUUCUGAAGGUAGAAUUCGAAAACUAAUUAUUCAGAAUGCAGAGCCAAAUGAUGAAGGCCAUUAUAUUUGUGAAACAGCUGGAGAGAAAUUGAGUUUCCAUGUUGUGGUUACAGAACUAAAAACAGGAUUUUGCAAUAAAGAUUUAAUUCAGAGAAAAGUGAGGGUUCGCCAGUCAGAGAAUGCUACGCUCAGCUGUGAAGUGUUACAAUCCAGAACAGAGGUAAAAUGGUUCAGAGGAGGAAAACUACUCAGUCAGAAUAAAAAAAUGAAACUUGAAUCAGAGGGUUCAUUUCGAAGGCUUAUCAUUCAUAAUGUGGAAUCGAAAGAUGGAGGUGAAUACGUAUGUGAAGCAGGCAAGGAAAGACUGACCUUCAAUGUUCAGGUUACAGAAAUAGAAACAGGAUUUGCAAAUAAAGAUCUAGUUCAGAAGGAGAUAAAGGUCCGACAGUCAGAGAAUGCCACUCUCAGCUGUGAAAUGUCACAGUCCAAAACUGAGGUCAAAUGGUUCAAAGAUGGAAGACUGCUCACUCAGAGUAAAAGAAUGAAACUAGAAUCUGAUGGUAAAAUUCGAAAGUUUGUCAUCCAUAACAUUGAAUCAAAAGAUGGAGGUGAAUACAUAUGUGAAGCAGCGGGAGAGAAACUGAGCUUUAAUGUUCAGGUUACAGAAUUAGAAACAGGAUUUGCAAAUAAAGAUCUAGUUCAGAAGGAGAUAAAGGUCCGACAGUCAGAGAAUGCCACUCUCAGCUGUGAAAUGUCACAGUCCAAAACUGAGGUCAAAUGGUUCAAAGAUGGAAGACUGCUCACUCAGAGUAAAAGAAUGAAACUAGAAUCUGAUGGUAAAAUUCGAAAGUUUGUCAUCCAUAACAUUGAAUCAAAAGAUGGAGGUGAAUACAUAUGUGAAGCAGCGGGAGAGAAACUGAGCUUUAAUGUUCAGGUUACAGGAAUAGAAGCCGGAUUUGCAAAUAAAGAUCUGGUUCAGAAGGAGAUAAAGGUCCGACAGUCAGAGAAUGCCACUCUCAGCUGUGAAAUGGCACAGUCCAAAACUGAGGUCAAAUGGUUCAAAGAUGGAAGACUGCUCACUCAGAGUAAAAGAAUGAAACUAGAAUCUGAUGGUAAAAUUCGAAAGUUUGUCAUCCAUAACAUUGAAUCAAAAGAUGGAGGUGAAUACAUAUGUGAAGCAGCGGGAGAGAAACUGAGCUUUAAUGUUCAGGUUACAGAAAUAGAAGCCGGAUUUGCAAAUAAAGAUCUGGUUCAGAAGGAGAUAAAGGUCCGACAGUCAGAGAAUGCCACUCUCAGCUGUGAAAUGGCACAGUCCAAAACUGAGGUCAAAUGGUUCAAAGAUGGAAGGCUGCUCAGUCAAAGUAAAAAAAUGAAACUUGAAUCAGAUGGCAAAAUUCGUAAGCUUGUCAUUCAUAACAUUGAAUCAAAAGAUGGAGGUGAAUACAUAUGCGAAGCAGCAGGAGAGAAGCUGAGGUUUAAUGUUCAAGUUACAGAAAUAGAAGCAGGGUUUGCAAAUAAAUAUCUAGUUCAGAAGGAGAUAAAGGUCCGACAGUCAGAGAAUGCCACACUCAGCUUUGAAAUGUCACAGUCCAAAACUGAGGUCAAAUGGUUCAAAGAUGGAAUGCUGCUCAGUCAGAGUAAAAAUAUGAAACUUGAAUCUCAUGGUAAAAUUCAAAAGCUUGCGAUUCAUAACAUUGAAUCAAAUGAUGGAGGUGAAUACAUAUGUGUAGCAGCAGGAGAGAAACUGAGAUUUAAAGUUCAGGUUACAGAAUUAGAAACAGGAUUUGCAAAUAAAGAUCUAGUUCAGAAGGAGAUAAAGGUCCGACAGUCAGAGAAUGCCACUCUCAGCUGUGAAAUGUCACAGUCCAAAACUGAGGUCAAAUGGUUCAAAGAUGGAAGACUGCUCACUCAGAGUAAAAGAAUGAAACUAGAAUCUGAUGGUAAAAUUCGAAAGUUUGUCAUCCAUAACAUUGAAUCAAAAGAUGGAGGUGAAUACAUAUGUGAAGCAGCGGGAGAGAAACUGAGCUUUAAUGUUCAGGUUACAGAAGCCGGAUUUGCAAAUAAAGAUCUGGUUCAGAAGGAGAUAAAGGUCCGACAGUCAGAGAACGCCACUCUCAGCUGUGAAAUGGCACAGUCCAAAACUGAGGUCAAAUGGUUCAAAGAUGGAAGGCUGCUCAGUCAGAGCAAAAAAAUGAAACUUGAAUCAGAUGGCAAAAUUCGUAAGCUUGUCAUUCAUAACAUUGAAUCAAAAGAUGGAGGUGAAUAUUUAUGUGAAGCAGCGGGAGAGGAACUGAGCUUUAAUGUUCAGGUUACAGAAAUAGAAACGGGAUUUGCAAAUAAGGAUCUAGUUCAGAAGAAGAUAAUGGUCCGACAGUCGGAGAAUGCGACUCUCAGCUGUGAAAUGUCACAGUCCAAAACUGAGGUCAAAUGGUUCAAAGAUGGAAUGCUGCUCAGUCAGAGUAAAAAAAUGAAACUGGAAUCUGAUGGUAAAAUUCGAAAGCUUGUCAUUCAUAACAUUGAAUCAAAAGAUGGAGGUGAAUACAUAUGCGAAGCAGCAGGACAGAAACUGAACUUUAAUGUUCAGGUUACAGAAUUAGAAACAGGAUUUGCAAAUAAAGAUCUAGUUCAGAAGGAGAUAAAGGUCCAACAGUCAGAGAAUGUCACUCUCAGCUGUGAAAUGUCACAGUCCAAAACUGAGGUCAAAUGGUUGAAAGAUGGAAGGCUGCUCACCCAGAGUAAAAAAAUGAAACUUGAAUCUGAUGGUAAAAUUCGUAAGCUUGUGAUUCAUAACAUUGAAUCAAAAGAUGGCGGUGAAUACAUAUGUGAAGCAGCGGGAGAGAAACUGAGCUUUAAUGUUCAGGUUACAGAGCCGCAACCAACAUUUACCAAUAAAGCAUCAGUUCAGAAGGAGAUAAUGGUUCAAGCAUCAGAGAAUGCUGUUCUCAGUUGUGAAGUGUCGCAACGCAAAGCUGAAGUCAAAUGGUCCAUAAAUGGAAAAGUUGUCACUCUUACCCCAAGAAUUAAACUUGUUUCUGAAGGAACAGUUCGAAAACUUAUUAUUCAGAAUGCCGAGUCGAAGGACACAGGCAAUUAUAUCUGUGAAAUAGCUGGAGAGAAAUUGACUUUCCAUGUUAAGGUUAAAGAGUUACCUUUCGUGUUCACAAAGAAGCUACAAAAUUUAAGUGUGCUGUGCAGUACCACAGCUGUAUUUACAUGUGAAUUAAAUCAAGCAAAGGCUGAUGUUUUGUGGCGGCGAAAUGGAGCAGAAAUUAACCCAAGCCUCAGAUUAAAAAUACAGGCAGAUGGUCUGAGGCGAAGUUUAACCAUUUCCAAAGUAACGGUUGAGGAUGAGGGAGAAUAUCUCUGUGAAUCAAAAGACGAUAUUACCACUGCUAAAUUAACAACCAAGGUUCCAAAGAUUAUUAAGUUUGCAAGUGAACUUCGCAAUAUAGUGGCUGUGGAAGGAGAAGAUGCUGACUUUAAGUGUAGCGUCUCUCACAAAGAUGCUACAGUUACUUGGUAUAAGAAUGGCAUCAAAAUUGAGCCAAAUGAAAAGUACAUAAUAUCAUGUGAAAGAACAAACCACAGUUUGACCAUCAAAAACCUAAUAAUACAGGAUACAUGUGACAUUUCUGCACAGGCUGAAAAUGUAAAAACAGCAGCCAGCCUUCAAGUUCAAGAAGCUCCAGCUUUGUUUAAGAAGAAAUUGGAAAACAUAACUGUUGAAGAAAAACAGACAGCCAAAUUGGAAGUAGAACUCACAAAACUUUGUGGUGAUGUCAAAUGGAUGAAAAACAAUAUAAUUAUUCAGCCUGAUGAAAGAAUUGACAUUAAGGUGGAUGGAAACCGGCAGAUACUUACUAUUAAAAAUGUGAGCUUAGCUGACCGUGGAAAUUACACUUGUGAAACACUUCAUGAAAAGACAAAAGCAAGGUUAACUGUUGAAAUGAGAAAAAUUAACCUGAUCAAAGGAUUGGAAGAGUUGAAGAUACACGAGAAAGAAACUUGCACUUUUGAAGUUGAGCUUUCCCAUGAAGAAGUGGAAGUAACCUGGUUGAAGGAUAAUGUCAGGCUCAAAUCAGGUCCCAACUGCAAGAUUACUACCUUGGGCAAAAAGCAUGCCCUGACAUUGUCUGCUUUGAGAAUUGAGGAUUCAGGACUGAUUAGCUUCAAAGCUGAAGGUAUACAUACAUCUGGAAGACUCAAUGUAACAGAACCUCCAGCAACUUUUGUUAAACCGUUAGAGGAUAUCAAAGUUCCAGAAAAAGAUAAAAUUGUCUUGGAAUGUGAGCUGUCAAGAGCCAACGCAGAAGUUAAAUGGUUCAAGAAUAAUAUUGAGAUUAAACCAGGGAAAGGAUAUAGCAUUAUAUCUAAAGGAAGGAAGAGGAGUCUUAUCAUUUAUCAAUGUGGACAUGAACAUCAAGCACAAUACACAUGUGAUGCAGUGGAUAGCAAGUCAUCAGCCAUGCUUACUGUCCAUGCUCGUGAUAUCAAAGUAGUCCAGCCACUGGAAGACCUUGAAGUGAUUGAAAAGGAGAAUGCCACCUUCUUAUGUGAAAUUUCACAUGAUGAAGUUGAUAUUCAAUGGUUUAAGAAUGAUGUGAAAAUCAAGGCUGGGGAAAACGUGAAGUUUCGUCAGGAAGGAAGGAAACAUAUUCUAAUCUUUAAAUCCAUAAAACCUGAAGAUGCUGCAGUGAUCAAGUUUGUUGCUGAAACUGCUACUAGUCAAGCUUUCCUUCGAAUUAAAGAAUUGCCAGUUACAAUUGUGAAACCCUUGAGAGAGAAAAUUGGCAUGGAGAAGCACCGUGUCUUUUUUGAAUGCAAGGUUUCCAGACGAAAUGCUGUGGUCAAAUGGUAUAAUAAUGGAAAGGAGAUUCAUCCCUCUGAAAAGUAUGAGAUUGUGAGUGAAGAUUUGUACAGGAAGCUCGUAAUAAAUAAUAUUGCUUUUGAAGAUGAAGGCAACUACAUGUGUGACGCAGGAGAUGACAAAAGCACAGCAAUGUUAUACGUUGAAGAUCAAUCAAUUACCAUCAUUAAGCCGAUAUCUGAUGUGGAAGUGACAGAGCCAAAUGACGCCUGCCUCGAAUGUGAGAUUUCAGUUGCUGAUGUGAAACCUCCAAAAUGGUUACUAAAUGGUGAAGUUCUUCAUCCUUCUGAAAAUGUGGACAUUGAGCAUUGUGGUACUAUUCAUCGUCUAAUUCUUAAAAAUACACAUUGCAAGAUGACUGGCAUUGUACAGUUUACUGCUGGGAAAUCAAAAUCUGAAGCAAGGCUAACCAUUAAAGAGCCUCCAUCAAAGGUAGUGAGAGAACUACAGAACAUUACAGUGGAAGAGAAGACCUUGUCUAUUACUUUGAGCUGUGAGUUCACACCUACUCCCAAGGUAGUCAGAUGGUACAAAGACCUGAGCUUAAUUGAAUCUUCUGAUCGAUUCAAAUUCAUGCAAACUAAGAAUGUGACAGAGCUUAUGAUUUCACAUCUCAUCCCUGAAGAUUCUGGUGAAUAUCGUUGCAAAUCUAGUAAUGCACAGACCACAGCCACACUCACAGUUGAAGCUUUGAAAAUAGAAAUAACAAAACAUUUGGAAGAUGUAGAUACUGAGGAGGAAAGCAAUCUUGUAUAUUCAUGUGAGCUGUCCCAUGAUAUUGAUGAAGUACAGUGGUAUCUAAAUGAUACCCCCUUGCUCUCGAAUAAUUUCAAUGAGAUAAAGAAGAAAGGAAAGAGACACACAUUAAUUCUGAAAGGAGUAACGCUUGAAGACACAGGAACAGUUAUGUUUAAAGUGAGAAAUGUGACAGAAACAGCACAGCUGAAUGUACGAGAAAAGCCCGUGGUCUUCAUGAAACCAUUGGAUGACAUUAAUGGGGAAGAGAGAGGAAUGAUUACACUGGAGUGUGAAGUAUCUAACACUAAGGUCAAUCCCAUGUGGAAAAAAGAUGACGUAGUUCUUGGUUCAAGUGACAAAUAUGAACUACUGCAGGCUGGAAAAACACUUUGUCUUAUAGUACAUGACUUGAAUAAAAGUGACGCUGGAGUGUACACUUGUGACAUAGGCAGUGAUAAAGCUAGUGCUAAAGUCACCAUACAAGAGCUAAACAUUGGUAUCACAAAACGGCUAAAGAGCACAGAGAUUAAAGAAGGAGAAAGUGGAUCUUUUGAAUGCAUACUUUCUCAUGAAAGUAUUGAUGAAUAUUACUGGACGGUAAAUGGACUGUUAGUGAAAGGCAAUGAACGAUUUGAGGCAUUUAAUAUUGGUCGAAAAUAUUUACUUAGCAUUAAGGGCACCACUCUGCAGGAUGCAGGCGAAGUUGUUUUCUAUGUACGAAAUCUCAAGUCAAAGGCUUCUUUGAUGGUCAAAGAAAAAACAACAGAAAUCAUAAAGAAACUUGAGGACAAGGUGGCAAUAGCAGGUGAAGAGAUUGUACUGUCCUGUGAAUCGUCAAAGCCUGAUUCUUCAUUAAAGUGGUUUAAGGAUAGCAAAGUAAUUAGAAAGAGCACUAAGUAUGAAGUAUCUCAGCAUGGAAUUGUAAACCAAUUGACAAUCCGUCAAGCCACUACAAAAGAUUCUGGAGAAUACGAAUGCAGAGCAGAGAAUUCUAAAACUAAAGCUACUGUCACUGUAAAAGAACUAGUAAAUCGAUUUACCAAAGAAUUACAUGACAUUAAAACUGAAGAGAAUGGAUUCGUAAUUUUUGAGUGUGAAACUGAGCAGCCAGCAGACAAGACUGUCUGGAGAAAAGGAAUGGCAGAAAUAAAGCCAAGCAAGAAGUAUGAGAUGAAACGGGAAGGCAUUUUACUAAGCCUUAAAAUUAAUCAGCUUGAGAAAAAUGAUAGUGACCACUACACGUGUGACAUUGGUAACGCACAGUCAAGAGCUCUGCUGUCGGUUGCAGGUCAGAAAGUUCAAAUGGUUGAAGAUCUUGAAGAUGUUGAAGUCUUUGAAGGAGAACUGGCAACAUUUAAAUGCCGGAUAUCACCAUCAGAUUAUACUAAUGUACAGUGGUCCUUGGAUAAAACACCUCUCCAUACCAACGACGUGAAUGAAAUCAAAGCACUGGAGAAUGGCUAUCAUACUUUAACUGUUAAAAAACUUUCAGUCAAAGAUUCUGGUAAUAUAACAUUUGAUGCUGGAGAUAAGAAAACAUCCGCUGUCCUUACAGUGAAAGAAAAGCCACCUUACAUAGCAAAAGAGAUGGCAGCUUCAAUUGCUGUCAUAGAAGGGGAGAAUAUCAUCUUACACUGUGAAACGUCCACACCAGACUGUACAGUUAAAUGGUUUAAGAAUGAAAAGCUAUUGAAAAAUACAUCCAAGCAUAAAAUCAGUCGUUCUGGGACUGAAGCCAGACUAAUUGUUUAUAAAAGUGUUGAGGAGGAUGCUGCAACUUAUGAGUGUCACACUGUGGCAAUGUGUACUAAAACUGUGGUGAAAGUGAAUGCUUUGCCUGUGCUUUUCAAACAAGAGCUUCAGAAUGUAGAAGCUGAAGAGGAUGGUACUGCCACAUUGCACUGCGCAAUUACAAAACCUGGUGCUCUUGUAGAAUGGAAAAAAGGAUCUAUGGCACUCCACCCAACUGAAAAAUAUGAAAUGAAACAGCAAGGUGCCAUCACUGAAUUAUUAAUUCACAAUCUGCAAAUAGAAGAUGCUGGAACAUAUAGCUGUGAUUCUGGAGAUCAACAGACUAGCGCUUGCUUAAAAGUGAAGGUUUUACCUGUGCUUUUCAAACAAGAGCUUCAGAAUGUAGAAGCUGAAGAGGAUGGUACUGCCACAUUGCGCUGUGCGAUUACAAAACCUGGUGCGCAUGUAGAAUGGAAAAAAGGAUCUAUGACACUCCACCGAACUGAAAAGUAUGAAAUGAAACAGCAAGGUGCCAUCACUGAAUUAUUAAUUUAUAAUCUGCAAAUAGAAGAUGCUGGAACAUAUAGCUGUGAUUCUGGAGAUCAACAGAGCAGCGCUUGCUUAAAAGUGAAGGCUUUGCCUGUGCUUUUCAAACAAGAGCUUCAGAAUGUAGAAGCUGAAGAGGAUGGUACUGCCACAUUGCACUGCGCAAUUACAAAACCUGGUGCUCUUGUAGAAUGGAAAAAAGGAUCUAUGGCACUCCACCCAACUGAAAAGUAUGAAAUGAAACAGCAAGGUGCCAUCACUGAAUUAUUAAUUCACAAUCUGCAAAUAGAAGAUACUGGAACAUAUAGCUGUGAUUCUGGAGAUCAACAGACCAGUGCUUGCUUAAAAGUGAAGGCUUUACCUGUGCUUUUCAAACAAGAGCUUCAGAAUGUAGAAGCUGAAGAGGAUGGUAUUGCCACCUUGCGCUGUGCGAUUACAAAACCAGGUGCACGAGUAGAAUGGAAAAAAGGAUCUAUGGCACUCCACCGAACUGAAAAGUAUGAAAUGAAACAGCAAGGUGCCAUCACUGAAUUAUUAAUUUAUAAUCUGCAAAUAGAAGAUGCUGGAACAUAUAGCUGUGAUUCUGGAGAUCAACAGACCAGUGCUUGCUUAAAAGUGAAGGCUUUGCCUGUGCUUUUCAAACAAGAGCUUCAGAAUGUAGAAGCUGAAGAGGAUGGUACUGCCACAUUGCACUGCGCAAUUACAAAACCUGGUGCUCUUGUAGAAUGGAAAAAAGGAUCUAUGGCACUCCACCCAACUGAAAAGUAUGAAAUGAAACAGCAAGGUGCCAUCACUGAAUUAUUAAUUCACAAUCUGCAAAUAGAAGAUACUGGAACAUAUAGCUGUGAUUCUGGAGAUCAACAGACCAGUGCUUGCUUAAAAGUGAAGGCUUUACCUGUGCUUUUCAAACAAGAGCUUCAGAAUGUAGAAGCUGAAGAGGAUGGUAUUGCCACCUUGCGCUGUGCGAUUACAAAACCAGGUGCACGAGUAGAAUGGAAAAAAGGAUCUAUGGCACUCCACCGAACUGAAAAGUAUGAAAUGAAACAGCAAGGUGCCAUCACUGAAUUAUUAAUUUAUAAUCUGCAAAUAGAAGAUGCUGGAACAUAUAGCUGUGAUUCUGGAGAUCAACAGACCAGCGCUUGCUUAAAAGUGAAGGCUUUGCCUGUGCUUUUCAAACAAGAGCUUCAGAAUGUAGAAGCUGAAGAGGAUGGUACUGCCACAUUGCGCUGCGCAAUUACAAAACCUGGUGCUCUUGUAGAAUGGAAAAAAGGAUCUAUGGCACUCCACCCAACUGAAAAGUAUGAAAUGAAACAGCAAGGUGCCAUCACUGAAUUAUUAAUUCACAAUCUGCAAAUAGAAGAUACUGGAACAUAUAGCUGUGAUUCUGGAGAUCAACAGACCAGUGCUUGCUUAAAAGUGAAGGCUUUACCUGUGCUUUUCAAACAAGAGCUUCAGAAUGUAGAAGCUGAAGAGGAUGGUAUUGCCACCUUGCGCUGUACGAUUACAAAACCUGGUGCACGAGUAGAAUGGAAAAAAGGAUCUAUGGCACUCCACCGAACUGAAAAGUAUGAAAUGAAACAGCAAGGUGCCAUCACUGAAUUAUUAAUUUAUAAUCUGCAAAUAGAAGAUGCUGGAACAUAUAGCUGUGAUUCUGGAGAUCAACAGAGCAGCGCUUGCUUAAAAGUGAAGGCUUUGCCUGUGCUUUUCAAACAAGAGCUUCAGAAUGUAGAAGCUGAAGAGGAUGGUACUGCCACAUUGCGCUGCGCAAUUACAAAACCUGGUGCUCUUGUAGAAUGGAAAAAAGGAUCUUUGGCACUCCACCCAACUGAAAAGUACGAAAUGAAACAGCAAGGUGCCAUCACUGAAUUAUUAAUUCACAAUCUGCAAAUAGAAGAUGCUGGAACAUAUAGCUGUGAUUCUGGAGAUCAACAGACCAGCGCUUGCUUAAAAGUGAAGGCUUUGCCUGUGCUUUUCAAACAAGAGCUUCAGAAUGUAGAAGCUGAAGAGGAUGGUACUGCCACAUUGCACUGCGCAAUUACAAAACCUGGUGCUCUUGUAGAAUGGAAAAAAGGAUCUAUGGCACUCCACCCAACUGAAAAGUAUGAAAUGAAACAGCAAGGUGCCAUCACUGAAUUAUUAAUUCACAAUCUGCAAAUAGAAGAUGCUGGAACAUAUAGCUGUGAUUCUGGAGAUCAACAGACCAGCGCUUGCUUAAAAGUGAAGGCUGUGCCUGUGAUCUUCAAGCAGAAACUUAAGGAUGAAGAAGCUCAAGAAGAUGAAACUGCCACAUUGCGUUGUGAAAUUAGCAGACCAGAAGCAGUGGUACAAUGGAAGAAAGGAUCAACUCCGCUUCAUCCAAGUGCCAAAUAUGAAAUGAAGCAAAAGGGAUGCAUUGUUGAGCUGGUUAUUCACAAAGCUACACCCCAAGAUGGCGGAAGAUACACAUGCGACAUUGGAGAUCAGCAUACCAGUGCUUCCUUGAAAAUUAAUGGUAAGAACAAAAUCUACAUCCAGCAUAAAUUGUGUGACAUCUGGCUCAUUGGGUUCAAUUUUCCAUGCACCUUUUACAAUGAAAUAAUGCACAUUUUGAUUUUAAUUGCAAUGCACCAUAAUCUUAUUAUUCCAGCCAUUCCAGUGCUUUUCAAACAAGGGCUUCAGAACAAAGAAGCUGAAGAGGGCAGCACCACCACUCUGCAUUGUGAGCUAACAAAGUCAAAUGCUUCUGUGGAGUGGAGAAAAGGAACCGUGGUACUUCAUUCCAGUGACAAAUAUAAAAUAAAAAAUAAAGGUCCUAUAAGUGAACUGUUAAUCUACAAUCUGAAACUGGAAGAUGCAGGAGAAUACACCUGUGUUUCAGCAGAUCAACAAACAACAGCCUCUCUUAAAGUGAAAGUACUUCCAGUGCUUUUCAAGAUAAAGCUUCAAAAUAAGGAAUGUAAAGAAGGGAAUGAUGUCACAUUACAAUGUGAGCUAACAAAGCCUGAUGCUUCUGUAAAAUGGAAGAAGGGGUCUCUGCUUAUUGAAUCCAGUGGAAAAUAUGAAAUUAAGCAAAAUGGUUCCAGGGUUGAGCUGAUCAUCCAUGAUUUAAAACUUGAAGAUGCAGGAGAAUAUGCUUGUGACUCUGGGGAUGAACAGACUACAGCGACCUUAAAAGUGAAAGCCUUGCCGGUACAUUUUAUAAAGGAGCUUAAGGAUAUGGAAGGCAAAGAAGGAAAUACUGCCAGACUUUGUUGUGAGCUUACUAAGCCAGGUCAUUCAGUGAAAUGGAGAAAAGGAUCUAUACUGCUUCAUUCAAGCGACAAACAUGAAAUAAUACAAAAAGGUUCCACUGUUGAAUUGCUUAUUCACCUGCUAAAAGUUGAAGACUCUGGAGAAUAUACCUGUGAUACUGGUGACCAGAAGACAAAAAGCUGCUUAAAAGUAAUUGCCUUGCCGGUACUUUUCAAAAAAGAGCUUUGCAGUCAGGAGGUUGAAGAAAACUGCGCUGCUAAUCUACACUGUGAAGUCACCAAAUCGGAUGCCCCUGUCAAAUGGAAAAAGGGAUCCAGGUUGCUUCAUGCAAGUGACAAAUAUGAAAUGAAACAAAAAGGACCCUGUGUUGAGUUGGUUAUUCAUAGCAUAAAACUGGAAGAUGCAGGAGAAUAUACCUGUGAUUCUGGAGAUCAACAGACCACUGCCCCCUUAAAAGUGAAAGUCUUGCCGAUACUUUUCAAAAAAGAGCUUUGCAGUCAGGAAGUUGAGGAAAACGACACUGCUACUCUACACUGUGAAGUCACCAAGUCUGAUGCCCCCGUCAAAUGGAAAAAGGGCUCCAGGCAGCUUCGUGCAAGUGACAAAUAUGAAAUGAAACAAAAAGGUGUCUGCCUUGAGUUGGUUCUUCACAGUGUAAAACUGGAGGAUGCUGGAGAAUAUACCUGUGAUUCGGGAGAUCAACAGACCACUGCCUCCUUAAAAGUGAAAGCCCUUCCUGUGAUUUUCAAAAAAGAGCUCCAGAAUAAAGAAGCUGAAGAGGAAAGUACUAUCACUUUGCACUGUGAAAUCUCAAAACCGGAUGCCCUUGUGAAAUGGAGAAAGGGAUCUGUGAUUCUUCAUAAAAGUGAGAAGUAUGAAAUUACGCAAAAGGGUUCCUGUGUGGAGCUACUUAUUCAUAAUCUAAAAGUUGAAGAUGCUGGAGAGUAUACCUGUGAUUCAGGCGAUCGGCAGACAUCUGGCUUUUUGAAAGUGAAGGCCCUUCCCGUGCUUUUCAAACAAGAGCUUCAGAACAUGGAGGCUGAAGAGGGUUCUACUGCUGUUCUGCACUGUGAGAUCACUAAACUGAAUGCCCAUGUGGAAUGGAAGAAAGGAUCUGUGGCACUUCAUUUAAACGAGAAAUAUGAAAUAAAACAAAAGGGUUCCUGUGUUGAGUUGCUUAUUCAUAACUUAAAACUUGAAGAUGCUGGAAAAUAUACCUGUCUUACAAAGGAUCAAGAGACGAGUGCUUCUUUGAAAGUGACGGCACUUCCUGUACUUUUCUACCAAGUGCUUCAGAAUGAAGAAGCUGAAGAGGAUAGCACUGCUAUUUUACGUUGUGAGAUUACUAAACCUAAUGGAUCAGUGCAAUGGAGAAAGGGAUCUUUGGUAAUUCAUCCAAGUGACAAAUAUGAAAUGGUACAGAAAGGUUCUUGCCUUGAGUUGCACAUACAUAACCUAAAAUUAGAAGAUAUUGGUGAAUACAUCUGUGAUUCUGGGGAUCAACAGACUAUGGCCUCCUUAAAAGUGAAUAGUAGGACAACAAUUAUUUACCAUUUCAUAGCACUGCCAUUACUUUUCAAACAAGAACUUAAGGAUGAGGAAGUUGAAGAGGGUGGCACUGCCACUCUUCACUGUGAGGUUAAUAAUCCUGAUGCACCUGUAAAAUGGAGAAAGGGAUCUUUGGUACUUCAUCCGAGUGAAAAGUAUGAAAUGAAACAAGAAGGACCUAGUGUUAACUUGCUUAUUCAUAGCGUAAAGCCUGAAGAUGGUGGUGACUAUACCUGUUAUUCUGGAGAUCAACAAACCACAGCCUAUUUAACAGUGAAGGGUAGGACAAAAGCACAUCAUUCGUUUUCAAUUGUAAUUGCAUCCUCUCACAUUUUCACCAUUAACUACGUUUACAAUGAAGAAGCUGAAGAGAAUAGUACUGCUAUUCUGCACUGUGAAGUUAAUAAACUUAAUGCUUCAGUAGAAUGGAGAAAAGGAUCAGUUGUACUUCAUGGAAGUAAUAAGUACACAUUAAAACAAGAAGGACAAAGCAUUAAGUUGUUUAUUCAUAACCUGAGUCUAGAAGAUGCUGGUGAAUAUACCUGUAAUUCUAAAGAUCUACAGACCAUGGCUUCAUUAAAAGUAAAGGUUCUGCCUGUGCUUUUCAAACAAGAGCUUCAAAAUAUAGAAGCUGAAGAAAGUAGUUCUGUCAUUCUCUGCUGUGAGCUUACCAAACCUGAUGUUCUAGUGGAAUGGAGAAAAGGAUCAGUGGUACUUAGUCCAAGUGAAAAAUAUGAUAUGGUGCAAAAUGGUGCCUGUAUUGAAUUGAUUAUUCGCAAUCUCAAACCAGAAGACGAAGGAGAAUAUAUCUGUGAUUCGGGGGAUCAACAGACCACUGCAUUUUUAAAUGUGAAGGUUUUACCUGUGCUUUUUAAGCAAGAACUUGAGAAUACAGAAGCUGAUGAAGAUGGUGUUGCCAUUUUCUGCUGUGAGAUAACCAAACCUGGUGCCAAAGUGGAAUGGAGGAAAGGCACUGUGGCACUUCAUUCAAAUGAUAAGUAUGAAAUAAGACAUGAAGGUCCCUGUAUUCAGUUGUUUAUACGCAAUCUAAAACCAGAAGAUCAGGGAGAAUAUACCUGUGACUCAGGGGAUCAACAGACCACUGCGUUCCUACAAGUGAAUGCUUUACCGGUACUUUUUAAACAAGAGCUUCAGAAUGUGGAAGCUGAAGAAGGUAGUACGGCCAAACUAUGCUGUGAGCUUACUAAAGUUGAUGCUACAGUGGAAUGGCGAAAAGAAUCAGUGGCACUAGUACCAUGUGGAAAAUAUGAAAUGAAGCAGCUAGGACCCAUCAUUGAAUUGUUAAUCCAUGAUUUGGAACCCGAAGAUGCAGCUGACUACACUUGUGAUUCUGGAGAUAAACAAUCUACAGCUCAUUUAAAAGUGAAUGCCUUGCCAGUGCUAUUCAAAGAACAGCUGCGAAGUGAAGAAGCUGAAGAGGGUGAUCUAGUCACAUUUCAUUGUGAGCUUAUGAAAUCGGGUGCACUGGUAAAAUGGAAAAAGGGAUCUAAAAUACUUCAUCCCAAUGACAAGUACGAAAUGAAACAAGUUGGUGCAAUUGUUGAAUUAUUAAUUCACAAUGUGAAUACAGAAGAUACUGGCAAAUAUACCUGUGAUUCUGGGGACCAGCAGACUGAUGGCUACUUGAAAGUUAAUGCCUUGCCAGUACUUUUCAAACGAUGGCUUAAAAAUGAGGAAGCCGAAGAAGGUCACUCUGUUAUACUGCACUGUGAACUUACUAAACCCGAUGCCUCUGUGGAAUGGAGAAAGGGAUCCGAGGUUCUUAAACCCAAUGACAAGUAUGAAAUGAACCAGAAAGGCCACAUUGUCGAAUUACUAGUUCACAAUCUGAAGCUGGAAGAUACUGGGGAAUAUACUUGUGACUCUGGAGAUCAACAGACCACUGCUUCCUUAACUAUCAGAGAGCCAGAUGUAAAAAUUAUUGAUGGUUUGAAAAAUGUUGACGUGGUUGAAGGUGGAAAUGCUUUGUUUGAGUGUAAGUUAUCCCAUGACAAUGCACGAGGAGUUCAGUGGAUUUUGGAAGGAAUUGAACUGCAGAGUAAUGAGAUGAAUGAAAUCUCGGUGAAGAAUGGUAAUAUUCACACUAUUCUGUUGAGGAAAAUCACACAAGAUGACACUGGUACAUUGAUCUUUAAGGUUGGAAAGUACACGUCUUCAGCUCAGCUUAAUGUUAAAGCUACUCCAGCAACUUUCACUAAACAGCUUCAAAGUAUGGAAGUGGAUGAGAAUGAAACAGCAACUUUGGUCUGUGAACUCUCACAAUCCAAUGUUCCAGUUAUUUGGAAAAAGGGAUUAACAACAAUUGUUUCCAGUGACAAGUAUGAAAUAAAACAAGAAGAUUGUAUACAUAAAUUAUGCAUACAUAACGUAACAUCAAGCGACAUGGGUGAAUAUACCUGUAUUUCUGGAGAUCAUCAAACCACAUCUUCCUUAACUGUGAAAGUAUCGGAAGUAAACAUUAUUGAAGGCCUGAAGAAUGUAACAGUAUUUGCCAAUGAAAAUGCUGUGUUUGAAUGCAAAGUUCAUCCUGAAAGUUUUUCGGAUGUACAGUGGUUGUUGGGUGACACUCCUUUGCAGCAUAAUGAAAUGAAUGAGAUAUCUGUUAAACAUGGAAAUAUUCACGCUUUGAAACUGAAGAGUGUUACUCAGGAGGACAGUGGUACAGUUGUGAUUAAAGUUGGAAAACACAGUUCCUCUGCAGAACUUCUGGUUAAGGGUAAGAAAAAAGAACAGUACAAACUUCACCAGAUUACACCCGUGCAUUUUAUAAAGAAACUGCAAAGCCAGGAAGGUGAUGAAGGUAGUGUAAUAUCACUGCGCUGUGAACUGAGUAAAGCUGAUGCAUCAGUCACGUGGAAAAAAGGAUUCCAAAAACUUACUCAGAGUGCCAAAUAUCAAUUAUUACAAGAUGGUUUUAUUGUUGAAUUAUUGAUCCACAAUCUAACGCCUGAAGAUGCUGGUGAAUAUACUUGUGAUUCCGGUGAUGACCAGACAAAAGCCAAACUAUCUGUGAAAGAACACGUAAAAAUUAUUCGUGGACUUGAAGAUAUCACAAUAAUCACACAAAAUGAUGUGAGAUUUGAAUGUGAGGUCUCCCAAGAAGAUACUAAAAAUGCACAGUGGUGGUUAAAUGGAAAGCUUCUUCAAAAUAUUGAAUACUGUGAAAUUAAAACUCAAGAUAAGAUACACACUUUGACAAUGAAAAAUGUCACACCAGAUCAUUCUGGAACUGUUAUGUUCAAAGUUGGCCUUGAAAGUUCAACAGCCAAGCUGCUAGUGCAAAAGCCUAAAGUUGUUUUCAAACAAAAGCUCCAGGACAUACAAGCAAAGGAAGAAAGUACAGUUUUUCUUCAUUGUGAACUUUCUGAAUGUGAAGUGCCUGUAACAUGGAAGAAAGGCUCAGUAACAAUCACACCUAGUAGGAAAUAUGAAGUGAGGCAACAAGGCCCGAUGGCUGACUUGGUGAUUUCUGACCUAACGUUGGAGGAUGCUGGAGAAUAUACAUGUGAAUCUGGAGAUCAGCAGACGAGUGCUUCCCUCAGAGUGGAAGCUUUACCUGCCUAUUUCAAACAAGAGCUACAGAAUGUGGAAGCAAUUGAAGGACACACAGUCACUCUCCACUGUGAACUUUCUAAGCCCAGUGAUCCAGUGGAAUGGAAAAAGAGACUUGCCGUGGUUCAUCCAAGUGACAAGUAUGAAAUGAGGCAAAUUGGUGUCAACGUUGAGAUGUUAAUCCACAAUGUGAAACCAGGAGAUGCUGGCAAAUAUACUUGUUAUUCUGGGAAUCAUCAGACAACAGCGUCCUUAAAUGUUACAGAACGUGAAAUAAAGAUAGUUUCUGGUUUAAAGAACACUGAUGUGUUUGCUGGUGAGUCGGCCACAUUUGAAUGUGAGCUCUCAGACAAGGAUGUGGAAAAUACGCAGUGGUGGCUGGAUGGUUCACCCCUUCAGAAUAAUGAUCUGAAUGAAAUAACUGUUCAAAAUGGAAAUAUUCAUACAUUGACGCUACAGGGCCUCGGAACCGAUGACUCGGGAACAGUGACAUUUAAGGCGGGAACUCUUACUUCUUCAGCAAAGUUAUUAGUUAAAGAUCCAGCGGUUGAGGUAGUAAGCGAAAUGGAAGAUGUUACUAGAGAGGAAAAUGACACAGCAGAGUUUAUCUGUCAGUACUCCAGACCAGUCAAAGCUCUGUGGAGAAGAAAUGACAAAGAGAUUUUGCCUGAUGGUCAUCACAUAAUUAUUGACCAAGACUGGAAUGUAGCAAAGCUGAAAAUCUGUGAACUCACCCCAGCGGACAGUGGGAUGUAUACUUGUGAAGCUGCUGGAACAAAGGUUGCUGCAGUGCUCAGUGUUCUAGCAAAGCACCCUGAUAUUCUUGAAGGACUAGAGAAUGUAGAUGCGGUGGAAGGUGGUGAAGCUCUGUUUGAAUGCUCCUUGUCCAGACCGGAGAUACAUUAUUAUAAGUGGCUGAAGGACGAUGUCCCCAUAACACAAACUGAAAACCAAGAAACAGCAGUCCUCGAAGCUGGAAGACGGCAUAUCUUACUCCUAAAGAACUUAAUUCCAUCUGACAGUUGUCAAGUGAGCUUCGUGUCUGGAAAUGCCAUGUCCUCAGCAUAUCUAAAUGUUAAAGGAUGGCAUAUUAGCAUUUUGAACACUUUGAGAGAUACUGAAGUGGUACAAGGAAAUCACGCGGAAUUUGAAUGUGUAUUGAGCGAAGUGGUCCCUAUUACUGAAGUGAGCUGGUAUCUGAAUGAAACUGAAAUCAAAACUAAUGAACAUUGGGAAACAAAGGCAGAGAGAAACGUUUACAAACUCAUUCUGAAAAAUGCCCAAUUUAUUCAUUCUGGAGAAAUAACAUUUGCUUCAAAAGAUGUCAUUGCUUCAGCAAAAUUAGCUAUUCUUGGUCCUCCUGAUCCUCCUGAAGAUCCAGAGAUUGCCAGAAAGAAUCACCAGUCAGUCACCUUGUCUUGGUUUCCACCACUCAGUGAUGGCGGCAGUGUUAUACAAGGCUAUCAUGUUGAGAUGAAACCUCAUGACAGUGACUGCUGGUUGCAAUGUAACACAAAAGCAAUUGAAGAGACAGAGUUCACUGUUGAUAAUCUGGUACCAGGCACUGGAUACAGAUUCCGUGUUUCGGCUCUGAAUUGUGUUGGUGCUGGUGAACCUGUUCAUUUGCCACAGACAGUUUUGCUGGAGGUUCCUGUGACUGUCACCAUUCCUCUCACUAACAUUACUGCAACAGAUGGGGAAUCUGUCAAGCUAGAAUGUGAAUUUUCCAGUGAAUGCAUUAAUGUUAAGUGGUUAAAAAAUGAUCAACCCAUUGAAAUAAGCAGCAAGAAUGAUAUAAUUUCUGGAGGAACAAAACACUAUUUGGUUAUUCACAAUUGCAGUGCUGAGGAUGAAGGGAGAUAUACCUGUAUGGUGUCCUCAGCAACAAAAACAUCUGCUGAAGUCAUUUUGGAUGAUAGAAUAAAGCCUGUUCCAGACCAAGAUUGGGAAAGUCUACAGGAGUCUGAUAAAAUUACUGUUGAACUAGCAGAUGGGGAAGUUUCUCCCAAACCAAGCUUGCCUCCUGAAGCAGCACAGGAAGGUGAUUUGCAUCUUCUAUGGGAAGCCUUGGCGAAGAAACGAAGAAUGAGCCGUGAACCAACUCUUGAUUCUAUCUGUGAAGUACCAGAAGACGAUGACAAGGCUCUGAAACAACGGCUGCAGAAAGGUUUGGAAAUUGAAGAUUUAUCCACAGAUGACAUGUCCAAAGCAUGUGAUUCUUGUACAAGUUCUGAUGAAGAAUCAAGAUCUGGUACUCCAUCCCUUGUUCAUUACUUGAAAACAGCAGGGAAAUCAACCGUAACAAUAGCUGGAAAAGCACAAACAAUUUCCACAAGCAAAUUCUUUAAACACUGGGAAUCUACAAGCACUGAGCCAGAGAAAUUACCAGAUGAACCCAUGUUGGAACUAGACCCGUCUCUUGCUGAAGCUGCUACAAAAAUCCAGGCAGCAUUUAAAGGUUAUAAAGCCAGGAAAGAUCUGAAAGAGCAAGGCACACCUGUGUUUGGAGACGUUUUUAAACCACAGGCUACUAUGCUAGGCCAAACUGUCCACCUUGAGUGUGUGGCUCUGAGUAAAUCCGAAGUCAAGGUUCGAUGGCUCAAAGAUGGAGAAGAGAUUGUUGAUGGAAGACAUUAUCAUAUUGAUAAUUACAGUGAUGGAACUUGCUCCUUAAUUAUUACAGGCAUGGAAGAAAAAGACUCUGGAACUUAUACUUGCGAUGCUUCCAACAAAUUUGGCACAACUUCUCACAGUGGAAAAGUUACAGUUGCAAGUGAUGCAAAGAAAACAGUUCAGAAACUCAAACGAGGCAUUGGUGUAAAGUACAGCACUGACAGUGAGCCAGAAAGUUCUUCAGGAAGUGAAGUUGAUGAUGCUUUCCGCAGAGCAGGUAAACGGCUUCACAGACUUUUGCAUUCAAAACUUUCUUUUGAAAUUUCUGAUGUGGAUGAAGAAUUUUUUUUUAGUGCUGAUGAAGGAGAUGCAGAAAUCUUGGACAAACAGACCUACCAUGAGGAUGAAAAUUACAUUUAUAUUAAGUUUAAUACCUUGACUGAGGCAGAAAUGGCUGCAGCCAGAUUUAAGGAAAUAUUUAUCGGUCAGGGAAUUACUGUUCACAUUGAUAUUUGCCAGGAUAAUAGUAGGGUUGAAAUACGGAUUAAGAAGGUUUCGCGACCCCUUGGUGCAUUUGGAGAAGACCAUAUUCCCACACUAGAGGGACUACGAAUUGAAUCUGCACCUCAUGUUGUCUCUGAGCUCCAGAACCAGGAUGUUCAAGAAGGCUAUCCUGUUAGUUUUGAUUGUAUGGUAAUUGGAUGUCCACACCCUGUGGUUCAAUGGUUUAAGGAUGGAAAGCUGAUUGAGGAGAAUGACCACUACAUGAUCAAUGAAGAUCAGGAUGGGUGUCACCAACUUAUUUUAACAUCAGUAGUUCUGAGUGAUAUGGGAGUAUAUAGAUGUGUGGCAGAAAACUACAUUGGCGUUGCAUCAACAAAGGCUGAACUAAGAGUCGAUGUUAUCAGUUCAGACUAUGAUACAGCAGAAGCCACUGAAACAUCUUCCUAUGUCAGUGCACAAGCUUCUCUCACGCGUGAGCAGAAUUUGGAGGGUAUGGAAUCACAGGCUGAAGAAGAACAGCUACCUCAGAUUGUAGACGAACUUCAUGAUACCUUUGUUACCGUUGGAGCUCCAAUAAUAACAUUGCAAAUUAAAGUUAAAGGAUACCCGAUCCCUCGUGUAUAUUGGUUUCAAAAUGGAAUACCUUUGCGUGCUACAGAUGAAAUUCUGAUGAUUGAUGAGAAAGGAGAUCAUUCACUGGAAAUUCUCAAUGUUACAAAAGAGACUGGUGGUGAAUAUGCAGCAUACAUCAGCAAUUCAGCAGGCUCAGCCUACACAUCUGCUAUUGUACAUGUUCAAAGUAAGCAGAAUGCUUUCAGAUUCAGCCCAGGAGAAGAAUUUGGAAAACCAGAGAAGCUGAUUCCACCAAGGUUUCUGGAGCGCUUCACAAGUAGGAGCGUAAAGAAAGGAGCAAGCAUUACCUUAACUGUCAGAGUGGAAGGAUCUCCAAUGCCUGAUAUAACAUGGCUUAAAGAAGAGUCAAUUGAAGAUGUCAUCUGGAUUAAACAAAAUACACCGGGUUAUACAUUAGCUAGCUCAAAUAUGCAGCAUAGUUUAAUCCUGUUGGAUGUUGGGCAGGAGUACUCUGGAACCUAUACCUGUAUUGCUACAAACAAAGCUGGCCAAUCUAUUUGUUCUGCUCACUUGUCUGUUGUUGAUGUUUCAACAGAAGAAAUCCCAAGUGUGAAAGAAGCUUUAAUGGAAACAUUCCUCCACGGACAAGAACCUGAUCAUAAAGCAUUCGAGAAAAAACAGAAAGAAAUUCUGACGGAAGAUAUCAGAAGAGAAGUUACUGCAACCACAGCCUUGCCUCAGUUUUUGCUAGCUGAUGUUGGAACAGAAGAAUUCCUACAAAAAUUAACAUCUCAGAUCACACAAAUUGUCUCUGCAAAAAUCACCCAAGCUUCAUUACGUGUUCCAGGAGCGGAAAGUGAUGAGGAAGGCAAAACCCCAUCUCCAUCUCCACGUCAUGGUAGAUCCAGGCCCUCAUCAAUUGUCAACGAAUCCUCCUCCGAAUCUGACGAUGCAGAAACUAGAGGCGAGAUUUUUGACAUUUACAUGGCUACAGCAGACUACAGUCCACUGCCAACAGAAAAAGAGUCAAUUCACCUUAAAGAACGGCAAUAUGUGGAAGUUCUCGACUCUGCACAUCCACUCAAAUGGCUGGUUAGGACAAAGCCUACGAAAUCCACACCAGCCAGGCAGGGCUGGGUUUCUCCUGCCUACCUGGACAAAAGAUUAAAGUUCACAGCUGAGCUAUCUCUGGAAAGUUCAGAAUUCUUGGGAGAGAUUGAAUCGGAAGAUGAGUACAGGAGAAAGUUUUACCUCCUGAUUCAAGAUCUGAUUGAAACUGAAAAAGAGUUCACAAGGCAUUUACAAUUCUUUCUUGACCAUUAUAUAAAACAUACUGAAACAGCAGCUAACAUACCAUCUUCAGUAGUGAAUGGCAAACAAACAAUUUUCCGAAACAUUUAUGAAAUUUCUGAUUUCCACAUCAGCACCUUCCUGAAGAACCUUAUGAAAUGUCAGACAGAUGAUGACCUUGCGUUAUGUUUCAUCAAUAACAGUGAUGGAUUUGAUAAAUAUUUGAAAUAUCUGGUUGGAAAUGUUCAGGCUGAAAUUCUUCUCACAAAUCCAAUGGUCCAGGAUUUUUAUAAUAAAUAUACAGAUGAAGUGGCUGCGACACAGGACCAAACAGAGUCUCCAAUUCUACCUAUACAUGCUUAUUUAGAGAAACCUUACAAUAGACUUUUGAAGUACCAAGGUGUUCUGAAGGAGCUAAUUCGCAACAAAGCAAAAAGCAAUAAAAACUGUGUUUUGUUAGAAGAAGCAUAUGCUGUAGUGUCUGCUCUUCCUAAGCAAGCUGAUAACAACCUACAUGUUUCGAUGAUCGAGAACUAUCCAGGGACUUUGGAAUCUCUUGGUGACCCAAUCAGACAGGGGCAUUUCCUGGUAUGGGAGGGAGCUCCAGGUGCAAAACUAUCAUGGAAAGGUCACAAGCGUAUUGUUUUUCUCUUCAAAAACCAUUUACUGGUCUGCAAAUCGAGAAGGGACAGCAGAACAGAUUCACAAUGUUAUGCCUUUAAAAACCUGAUGAAGCUCACAAAUAUUGAUGUAAAUGACUUUGUGGAAGGUGAUGAACGAUCCUUUGAAAUUUGGCAUGAACGAGAAGACUCUGUGCGUAAAUAUACUCUCCAAGCACGAACUGUGAACAUAAAGAUAUCAUGGUUAAAAGACAUUAGUGGCAUACAGCAGCGCUUCAGUAUUCCUGCGUGGAAUCCUCCAGAAUUCGUGGAGAAACUAGCAGAUUUUACUGCUAAACUGGGACAAACAGUGAAACUAGCAUGUCUGGUCAUUGGAAAUCCUAAGCCAAUUAUCACAUGGUACAAAGAUGGAAAACUCGUGGAGAUUGACCGACAUCACAUUAUUAUCGAGGAUGAAGAUGGUUCCUGCACAUUGAUCUUGGACACGCUAAAUGCUGCUGAUUCCGGUCAAUAUAUGUGUUAUGCAGCCAGUGUUGCUGGGCAUGCCAAUACACUUGGAAAGAUUAUUGUUCAAGUGCCUCCAAGGUUUGUAAGCCAUCUUAGAAACAUUCCGUUUGUAGAGAAUGAAGAUACACAGUUUGCAUGCACUAUUGAAGCUGCACCGGCUCCUCAGAUAAGAUGGAGUACUGGUGGCUCACCACUAACAAAUAAAGCAAAGUACCAGACUUUCUUUGACUCACAGUUUGGAGUUGCGAUGCUAGCCAUCAAAAACACAGAAAGAAAUGACCUUGGAGUCUAUGAAUGUGAAAUUACAAACAAACUGGGCACAGCCAGAGAUGUUGCAGAGUUGUAUCUUCAGGUUCCUGUUGUAAUACCAGAAAAGAAAGAUAAUCAAAUUGUCAUGAUUGAAGUCACUGAACAAGAGACUAAAGUUCCCAAGAAAACCAUCAUCAUUGAGGAGACUAUAACAACAGUAGUCAAGAGCCCAAAAGUUAAACGACGCAGUUCUUCAAGUAUAUCCCCUGCAAGAAGAUCAAGACCACAUGAAAUGGAACCAGAAGUGUUAUUCUCAACUAGACCCAAGGCACCUCCUACCAAAUUUCAGACAGAACCCAGAGAAGCCCCCAUGAAAAUGCCAUCUGUUCCUGAAGUUAUGAUCACAGAGCCAGAUGAACAAGGUGCAACUUCAAGACAUAUUCUUGUAGAAACUAAGGUAGAACAAAGACCUAAAUGGAUUGAAGUUGAAGAAGUAGUUGAAUUUAGAGUUAGAAAAAGUGCAAAACCUGAAAGGAAAAGAUCAGUCUCCCCUUCUACCCGUACCUUAUCGGAGCAAAGACAAAUGAGCUAUAGAACCUCAAGUCCAAGGCCCAAACGACCUUUUAAAGUUGACCCUAACUUAAACAACUCAAAUAAUAACUUGGUAGAACAAAUGCAGCCCUCCCUUUCAGAAGAAAACCUAACAAGUGUUGAUAUUCUGACCUCUGUAUGUGAACCUGAGAUUAUCACAGACUUUGAACAAGUCACACCAGAAGAUAUCAAUCCUGACCCUACAUUUGACCACUUCGCUGAUGUUGGUCCUGAAACGUCUGCUCAUGCAGGGAAUGAAUAUGAUAUUCAGCCAAGUGAAACUGAGGGUCAGUGCAAAUCAACCAUACUGGAAAUAGAAACGCCACUUCUUGCACACAUAGGUGAAACAAUCAUGUUAAGUUUUGAGACGCCUGGACCCAUGGAUAAUGAACAGCUAUCCCUUGAACAAAUGUCUGAUACUAAAGCAGCAUCUCCUAUGGCAAUUGUGGAUCUUCCACUAGAUAUUUCUGAUGAUAAAUUAGAGGAUUUCAAACCAGAGCAUGAAGAAGAUAUUGACACGGAAAAUGAAGAUAUUAUUAUUGAUGAACCCCCUGAACUGAGUAGUGAUGACCUAAUGAAUAGAGACACCAAGAUUUUGACUCAUAAUGGCAAGCUACUAACAUUAGAAGACCUUGAAGACUACAUUCCUGCUCAAGGGGAAACCUACAAGUGUGAAGAUAUAGUUGACCAAGAUUAUCCAUCAGCUGCUUGUUCCAAUGAACCAUGUGAAAUUUCUGUUCUACAGGCCGAAAUAAAUGAACCGACAAUAGGCAAACCAGUUUUACUUAAUGUCGGGAGACCAGUUGCUCCUAACUUAAAGCCAAGUUAUUUGCAUCAGUUCGGCGAUCAGCGGCCUGGAGGGAUGUUCAUGUCAUCAUCUCGAGUAACAGAAAUGCAUUCAAUGGGGCCGUCAAAUUUGUCAGUACAUGUCAGUGGAUCAUGUACUGAAUCGGUCGUUCAUUCCUCAACAACAGAGAAGAAAACACCAUUUGAAUUAAAAACAUCUUUUUGUACUGAAGUACAAUGUUCUGUGGACAGUGGACAACCAAGCUUUAAGACUGAAGUUUCUACAAGAACUCUCAACUAUGGAGAAACUGUUACAUUACAUAUCAAUAAGAAAGACCCACUCGAGGAACCUAACAAAAACAAACACGAUAAACUUAACAAUUAUUUAAACAUCAGUCCUCUUGUUUACGAUUCUCCACCCUGGGUAAAAGACUACUCUGGAAGUCAAGAAGCACAUUGGUCAGAGUUCAGAAGUCCAAGUAUAAAUCAUAAACCAAGGAGAAAAUCUGUAACAUUCUCAAAUGUCAUCUCAAACGAUAAAAGUAAAACAUCUCCAUCAGCUGAAAUAUAUAGUUUGCACAUGGGCAAUGGAAGAGAUGGUGAAGAGAAGGACAAACCUGCCUGUUCAAAUAAAGAAGAAACAAUAGUGAUCUCAGAAAUGAAAGAAGCUGUUCAUUUUCCGACUGGACAUGAAAACCAAGAAGUGGAGAUCACUUUAAAUAAAUGUGCAGAUUCUGUGCUGGCACGUGUGGCUGUGCCACAAGAUAAUUGGGAAGUGACAGAGAGAUUUCAUUUUGCAGAACAGAUGAAGCCAAUUGAACUUGAUAUACCUAUUAAAUCAGAUACCCCAGACUUGCAAACCAUUUGGGACCAAGGCAGCACUGCUGAUAUUCAGACCAAGCCUCUGAAAGAUCUGCAGAAUGAGAACAUUCAAAAUGUUACCAUGAAGAGACUACGUGAAAUACGGUUCAGCCCAACCACUUUCAAGCGAAUAAAUCUUUCAGCUAGUGAUCUAUCAGAGCAACAUUUUUUUUCAAGACUUGUAAAUAAGGGAGCUGAAUGCAGGGCUGAAGAAAUCCCCAUGUUGCCUGAUAAUCAAAGGCACAAACUACAUAUGGAGCUACAUGAGAGCUACCGCAUUGAUUUGACCACACAAGAGAAUGCAGUUUUUCUUGGGAAAUGCCAUUGCAACUCAGAAACAAGAGACAAAAACGAAUGCUCCAAAGAGAAGGUGGAAGAGGGAAGAAAACUGCAUUACCAUUAUGAAGUUAAAGAGGAAAUUGGAAGAGGUUCGUAUAGCUGUGUGAAGAGAGUUGUGAAUAAACAGAAUGGAACACAUUGUGCAGCUAAAUAUGUUACACUCGGAAGAGGUAUCAAGGCUUAUGAAGAGCUGGCCAUUUUAUGCAAACUUAACCAUUCAAAGAUUGCCUGCCUUCUUAACAAGUUUGAAACUAAAAGAACGCUUGUGUUAGUGCUGGAAAUGUGUUCAAACGAAGGAUUGCUGGAUCACUUGUUGAAAAAGAACAUUGUUGCAGAAGCUAAGGUUAGGAACUAUAUCCAGCAGAUUUUGGAAGGAGUCCAUUAUCUUCACAACAACAAUAUUCUUCAUCUUGAUAUAGAACCUGCUAACAUUCUCAUGGUGCAUCCAGAAAGAGAUGAUAUCAAGAUUUGUGAUUUUGGAUUUGCGCAAGAACUCUUACGAGACAAGCUGCAGUUUAGCGAAUAUGGCUGCCCAGAAUUUGUGGCCCCAGAAAUUGUUUCCCAGGAUCCAAUUUCAACAGCCACUGACAUAUGGUCAAUUGGGGUGAUCACAUUUCUGUGUUUAACAGGUAAUUGUCCAUUUUCUGGUGAAAAUGACAGAAGUACACUCUUAAAUGUGAAAGAAGGAUGCUUCUCAUGGAAUGAGCAUGAUUUGGAUUGUACAACCGAAAAUGCUCGAAGUUUUGUAAGGAGAAUAAUUACAUUAAUUCCAAAGGAUAGGCCAACAGCAUCUGAAUGUUUGAAUGAUCAGUGGUUUCAGGAGGAACAAAAGGUUCAACAGUUUUGUACAAUUAAUACACAGAGAUUGAAAUUUUAUUUAUCAAGGAAUAAGUGGCAGCGCGCCCUUGUGUGUUAUAAAUCAAUACUUAUAAAGAGGUCAAUUCCUCAACUCUUCGAGGAGCCGUCAAAAACUCAUUCGCUUGGCAUGCCUCGACAUUUGCGUAAACAAAGCAGCUCAACAACAUCUAGUGCCUCCUCUUCUGAGUUUGAAGACUGUGGCCAGCAGACAGAAUCAAGUUCAUAUCAUGCUUCAAUUAUCAGCCAAAGGCCUGCUCCUUUCCCAACAGUCAUAUUAGAUUUAGCUGCCAGUGAGCACAGGAGCCAUAGGUCAGUGUUAACUGGAAGCAUUGCUGUGGAGAAACAAGCAGAUGUAAGAGAUCAAACAUGUGGAAAAUCUGAUGAUGUGAAAGCCCAGUGUAACUCUCCUGAAAUAUUCGAAGACCUGAAUUUAAGUACCGAAAGGAUAAAAUACUCUAUUGUUAAAGCAGCUUCUGUAGAGAUAUCAGACUUUUCAAAAAUAGAAAUGGUAGUAACUCAUAAAUUAACACGAUCCAUUUCAGCUGAUAGUGUCCUCACACCUCAAGUAUUAACAAAAGACACUGUACUAGAUCCAAACUCCAAACCACCAUCCAGACUUUUGACUAGGCAUUGUCUUAUAGGAAGGAAAAGUGUAAUACGCCAACCACUUUUGGAUUACUUUCCGAUGGCUGCACAGGAAAGAACCGCUAAAGAUAAACGAUUUGAUGAAAGUUUAAGCCACAGCUCUAAAGAAGUUUAUAAAACAGCUUCUUGCGACAAUGUGCAUAGAGCAGCUUGUGUUCCGAAGGAAAAGUUACGGAAAAGCAAGUCAUUGGAUGAAUAUGGAACAGAGUCUGUAGUUCAGACUACAAGAGAAUCUGCAAGUGAAUUAAUUAAUUCAUAUUUCCAAAGUUCAGAUCUACAUUCCAAUGCAAAAGCUACUGGUAAGCCUAUGGUAACCCUGCCUUUUUCCAUCGAUGAGCAAGUGUUAGAUACUCAGAAGUCAGCACUGAGUGACACAAUAUGCUUAUCUGAAGGGGUCACUUUCUAUACAGAUGUUUCACAAUGUCCCACAAAAGGAACUUCCUCUGAAAUGGACCAGACUUUACAAACUUUAGAGUUUAGAUUAGAAAAAGAGCAGAGCAUGGACACGGAAGACAAAGCCGAUGCUACUGACAUUAAACAUUACAAUUCGAAAGAAAACUUGAGUGCAUUAGCUUCCCUCCAGCAUUCAUUAGAUCUGCAAAACAAGCAUCAUGAAUUGUCACAAUCAAUUCAGGAUACAGAGACUUCAUGCAACUAUAAACUUUCAGAAUUGAAGUCCAAUACAGAGAAAGUGCGGAAUGAUGAAAAGCCUAUCAAUUCGCAAUCAAAUGCUUCAGGGCUAAGUUCCUUAGACAGUAAAGUUUCCACAGAUUCUGAGUUGCAUAGUGAAAUAUUUUCUGCUGCCUCAGUUGAUGCAGCUGAACCUCAGACUCAGAGUUCAAGUAAAAAAGUCAGCUCUUUAUAUUAUGAUGCAGCAGAACCAGAUGCAAAUUAUUUUGAUUUGUCAGAACCAAAUAACGGUCGUGAACUCCAUUAUGAGCAUGGACCCUCGUGUUUGACUCAAGAAUUUAAAGAGAAAAGCACAUCUCAAGUCAAAUCCUUGCCUGAGCCAUGCAUAUCUGAAGAACCAUCUUCUUCAAGGGAAACUGAUGUCAGCAAGGAUAAUCCCCCACGAGGAAAAUCAAAUCGGACAUCAACCACCUCAUAUGAAUUAUUGUGCAAUGAGACUGAACCAGUAAGUGAGAGCUUGUGUGGUUUGAGUGCAGCUGAAUGGGAGUCAGAUCUGUUUGAAUUACUUGGUAGUGAAGAGGAUGAGAUCAUGUCUGAGAUUGAAGGAGAAUCAAAAAGCAAAAAAAAAUCAAAAAGAAUUUCACUGGAAAAUAAAAUAUAUCAAAGCUUUGAAAGUCUAAAAAAAACUUUCAAAGGUCAACAAGAUGCAAGAGCUCCAAUUUCUACAAGUGAAACAAGUCUGAUUGUUGGUGAAAGCCACAAUGAUCCAGGUUUGAAGUCUACAUCAAAAACAUUUGGCAGGUCUGGUCUCUUAAAAUUACUGAAUAGAUCUGCUUCACUAAAUUGGGAUAAAGAUUUUCAAGAUGGAGACGGUAGAGGAAGUCGGCAUUCUUUAUCUGCAUUUCUUGGGGGAGGAAAGAGUCAGACAUUGCCUGCUCACUUCUCCUGGCAAUCUUUGAAAAGCAAGGAUUCAGCAGAGAGACCGGAAUUAAGAAAGAAACAACAGCAAUUGAGGAAGGUUCACAGAAGAGCAAGCUCAUGUGGAAUGGAGUCAGCUGACGACCAGUACAUGGAGUUUAUGAAAGCGCCAUUAAUACCUUCCUUUACCCAACACCACACUGAUUCGGAAAAACAGAAAGCAAGCAUGUGUUCUACGGACUCUAGUGACAAUGCCACUGGUUCCUUUAAGAUAAAAUCCAGACUGUUUUCUUUCAAGAUUCCUGGUUCAAAAUCAAAGGAGAAAGUGCCAUUAUUUCUCGAAGAGCUCCAAAACCAGUCGGUUGUCUUGAGUCAGACUGUGACCCUGUCUUGCAGAACUUCAGGUUAUCCAAAUCCUAAAAUACACUGGUUCAAAGACAACCAACUGAUGUGCGGCAGCAACCGAAUAUUGUCAUCAACCACAAGCACAAAAUGCCAGCUGUUAACUAUUCUAAAUGUGGGUGAGGAGGAUCUCGGUAGUUAUAAGUGCGUGGCAGAAAACCACUUAGGCAAAGCUUCAACUUGCUGCUUACUGAAUCUUGCAGAUUUACCUUGUUGCCCCGAUUCCCCUGAAGUAGUGCAAGUAUUUGAAGAUGGUGCUUUAGUGAUAUGGAAACCAUUUGUGAGCAGCAUGCCAGUAACGUAUGUUAUUGAGUGUCAGAAAAAAGGUGAAGUCUGGAAAACCAUUGCAUCCGAUCUUUCUGAAAAUUGCUUUAAUCCCAGUAAUCUGAGCAGGGGAGAAGCCUAUUUGUACAGAAUUGCAUAUGUCAACAAAGCUGGGAAAGGACCAUUUAGUCACCCAUCUGCAGAAAUUAUCAUUGGGGAGACAGAAAUACAAUCGUACAGUCUGCAUGGUGAGAUGCCAGCAUCAUUGCAAGAGACAUACACAUUUUUAGCAGAGAUAAGCAGAGGGCGGUUCAGCAUCAUAAAGAAAUGUGUGGAAAACUCCACCGGAAAAUCACUUGCAUCUAAAAUCACUCCAUACAGGAAGAAAAAGAAGCCAUUUGUCCUGAAAGAGUAUGAAACCCUGAAACAGCUCCAUCACAGCAACAUUGUGCAGCUUCAUGGUGCCUACAUUACGCCCAAAUACUUGAUUCUGAUCCAAGAACUCUGCCGAGGCAAGGAGCUUCUUCACUAUUUGGCUGAGAGAUCCUGUUACAGUGAGCACCAUGUAGUAGAGUUACUGGCACAGAUACUCAGUGCUGUUGAAUAUCUUCAUCUUAAUCAGAUUCUUCACUUGGAUCUGAGAUCAGAGAACAUGAUCAUUGUGGAGCAUAAUAUAUUGAAGCUGCUGGAUUUUGGCAACACUGAGAUUCACAUGCCUGGCCGACCAGUGCUGGUGGAAAAGUGCAGAGACUUUGUGGAGAACAUGGCUCCGGAAAUCCUUGAAGGGAAGGCCGUUGUUCCAGAGACAGAUAUCUGGGCUGUUGGUGUGGUGACCUUUACAAUGCUGAGUGGAGAUUGUCCUUUUAGGUCUGAUAAAGAUUGUGAUAAGGAAAAGAAUAUUCGGAAAGGGAAAAUCAAGUACGGGAGAUGCUAUGCUGGUCUUUCUCAAGGGGCAGUUUCAUUUCUGAAAAACACGUUAUGCCUUAAUCCAGGUGGAAGGAUGUGCGCCUCGGAAUGUCAGUCAUUUCCAUGGUUCCAGGAGGAGACAAAGAUGAAGUUAACCAGUUCCACGGUGUCCUUUCAAACAGCAAAGCUCCGGAAUUUCCUAAAGCAACGGGAAAAGCAAAGGAUGCUGCUGUGUACAAAACACGAAGUGCUAAUAGUUCAGUGACAAGAAGAAAUGAAGAUAAAUAAGUCAGCUUUUUCAAGGAAGGCCUAAUAUUUGAAAAUUAAAUUUCCUAAGCAGAGAUGCUACAGGGAUCAAUUACUACAUCCGUUAAUCUGCAUGCAUCUGCGAAUAUUG